CAUUUUUUUUCCUUCAUUAAAAUUUAAACCCACAUUUUUAGACCUUAAAAUUUCUGUGGAGUACCAAAAAGAAGGUAUCAUCAUAUCCUCAGUGUAAUAGUAAACAUGUCAGAAAAAUUCACCUUCUUUUUACUUAUGUUUUGUAUGUUGAUUUUUAUUAACUUGAAAUCUUCAAGAGCUCAACUUGCACCAGCUUUGUUUGUGUUUGGAGAUUCAUUGGUUGAUGUAGGAAACAACAAUCAUCUUCCUUUCUCCCUUCUUAAGGCUGAUUUUCCUCAUAAUGGAAUUGAUUUUCCUAACCAUAAACCUACUGGAAGAUUUAGUAAUGGAAAAAAUGCUGCUGAUUUUCUUGCUGAGAAAUUGGGAUUACUUUCUUCACCACCUUAUCUUUCCUUGACGCGCAUCAAAAGUUCCAACUUUUCUGCUGGAGUUAGCUUUGCAUCUGGAGGUGCUGGAAUCUUUGAUGGUGAUGAUAAAAUUUAUCAUAAAUCAAUAACGUUCAACAAGCAAAUAUCGUAUUAUGGGACCGUACAAGCGAAAAUGGUGGAACAAUUAGGAGCAACAAAAGCAGAAAAAAUGAUAUCGAAAUCAGUAAUUGCGAUAGUGAUAGGAAGCAAUGAUUUUCUUGGCUAUUUUGGAUCAUCCACUUCUGCCCAAAUGAAGAUCGGUAGCCCUCAACAAUAUGUGGCCUCUUUGCUACUUGCUUUCAAAGGACAAUUGAAGCGGAUAUAUGAUUAUGGGGGCCGAAAAUUCGUGAUAUUUGGAGUGCCAGCAAUGGGGUGUUGCCCAGCUCAGAGAGUUCGGAACAAAACCGAAACAUGCAACGAAGCAGCCAAUUAUUGGGCUGACAAUUAUAACAAAGGGCUUGUAUCAUUUCUUCAGGACUACAAAACACAAGUUAAAGACUUCCAAUACACCUACUUUGACACCUACAACGUCUUUCUUAACCUCAUUCAACAACCAGCUACCUAUGGAUUCAAGGAAGAGAAAUCAGCAUGUUGUGGACUUGGAGAUUUAAAUGCAAAGAUACCUUGCUUACCUAUUUCAACCUAUUGUUCUAAUAGAAGUGACCAUGUUUUUUGGGAUCUUUACCAUCCAACGGAAGCUGCAGCUCGCAUCGUCGUCGAAAUUGCUUAUAAUGGUUCACCAAAAUACGUCUUUCCGGUGAACGUGAAGCAGCUUGUUUCAUCUUAGCUAGCUUAAGCACUAGUGCUUAUAUUAGUUUAUACAAAUAUAUAUUUUUUCUGUACGUGGAACAAACUCAACAGUGUCAUAUAGAAGCAUUAGUUUCACACCUUACCAUUACUUUCACAAUAGAAAAACUGAAAAAGGGUGUAACAAGAAUUUUUUCUAAGAAAUAAAGUGAAGAUAUAGAGAUAAAGUGAUAAACUUUUGUGUUUGUACUAUUAGAUCUUGAACGACACAUAACUCUCACAUCAGAGAAUAGAAUCCAUAUAGGUAUAAGUUCAAAUUAAAUUAGAUAAACCUGUGUUUUAGAAAAUUCGGAAAAAUAUGAUAAACAUCUUUCAUCUAUUUUAUUCUUUGUUUUUGGGCAUUUUUUAUUGGCUACUUUUUCACAAAAUUAUUGGGCUAUUUUUUUUAAAGAGAAUCUAUUUAAUUUCAUUAUCUUAGACCUUUUAAAAGUUGGAGUUCAAACACUAUUCAAAUGAAUAGUGUUCUGAGUCACAAAAUAGUGAAAUUCACUAUUCCUUUUAGAUGGACAAUCUCAGCCAUUCAUCACCACUCAAUCUAAACCGCACGAUUUGUCUCGGCACCCUUCUUCUUUGGCUGCAACUUCUUUCUCUCACUCACUCACCGUCACUCUCUCUCUCAUCUUCUCCAUCUUCCAUCUUCUAGAUGUAGAAAAAUUAGGGUUUUGGCUAUGGCUAUGGCUGUCACAAAAGCUUGCAAUUUCUUCACUGUUACGACGACUCGGAGCGAUCGUCUCCUCUUCUUCACUUCGUCUCUCUCCUCUCUCAUCUUUUUCACGUCGUCUCUCUCCUCUCUCAUCUUCUUCACGAUUCUCUCAUCAAUCUUUCUCCCAAUUUUUCACUGCUAAUUCUUUCGUUAAUGUUAUAUUGAUUUCUUUGAUGAUUUUUUCGGGCUAAUUUAUUCUGAAAUUGAGUAAUUUUAUGGUUAUUAAGGUUUCGUUUUUGAUUUUUUUUGCAGAGAAUUGUGUAAUUUGGGAGAUGAACAAAGAUCGACCAUUUGAUCCUCUCGAUUUCUUCAUCUGAACUGUUGAGAGAAUUGUGUAGUUUGGGAGAUGAACAAAGAUCGACCAUUUGAUGAUUUCUUCAUCUGAACUGUUGAGGGUUACAGGGCUCAUCACUCCAAGGAGCAGACAGUGUUGGCUUCCUCACAUAUGGACCAUUUGUUUGUCGUGUUGCCAAAGCAAAAGUCUCAGACACCUGGUGCUUCUCCUCGUCCCCGAGGAGGUGGAGUUCGGCAGGAAACGUCUCCGUCUGUUGGUGUAGGUGGGAUUUCAUUAACAACAGCAACACUUCAUUAACAACAGCAACAUUAGAGACAGAUCUAAUGUUUGUUUUUCUGAGAUCGGUUGGAAAUUGAGUGGAAGAUAGAUGUUUAAGGCUGAAGUAGCAUUACCAAUGCCAUGAAUAUUGACAUAAGAAUCCCUUAGCAGAUUCACACUCAAAUAACUAUUACCACCACAUAUGAAUUCGUACCAAACGGGCUGUUAGGACUUAGGAGUACCCAAAUCCACAUAGAAAAAAGAAGUCUCAAAAGUUCAUGAUCCCACUAUUAAGUGCUAUUCAAAUUGGCAGGAAGUGAUCACAAUAAGAGUGUUGUAGUGGAGAAAGGAGGUAGGGAUAAAUUGGUCAGGCUCUUUGGCAGAUUUGCAAAUUGUAACGAAUACUCGGAGUUUCUUUCAGUGUGCUACACGAGAUGCGUCCUCCAUUGACAUUGCACCAGCACCCUAUGUGUGCUGAAAUCAUUGAGGCAUUCCAGAAAUGUCAUGGAGAUCACCCUUUUGUCAAAAUUUUCGGCAAUUGCACUGAGCUCAAAAUUAAACUUGAUCGCUGCUUUAGGCAGGAGAGCACGUUAUAGCCUGUCAUUAGGAGGAUCCUAUCCUAAGUUACUUGUACUUGAUGAUAAGAAUAGUCCAUUAUCUACAGAAGACUUGCAUUUGGAAAAUUUCGUCAAGACAAAGAAGCAAUGGAGGUUGUGUCUGCCUAAAGCAUAUCACCCUCUUUUACUUCAGCGACAUCGACAUAAUCUGCGGGAAGCCAAGAAGGAUGUCGCUAAUUAAUGCUAUUGAU